CGUCGAUCCACGCUAUUGACUACUACGGCGAAUGGAGCAGCCCGGGCCCCGCCCACCACUAUAUAUCUCUCUCUGCGCAGGGGAGGGGGGUGGGCGGGCACCGUUGUGCUGUGGAGUAGGCCGCAGCCGUGAGUGUGUUUGGGAAGCGUCGGGCCCGAGACUGCUUUUCGGAUCUUCCAUCUCCCCCCUCUUUUCCCUCCCUUUCCUCUCUCUCCUUUUCUAGGUCGGGAAGAUGCCGCGCGUCUAUAUUGGCCGCUUAAGCUAUCAUGUCCGGGAGAAGGACAUCCAGCGUUUUUUCAGCGGCUACGGCCGCUUGCUCGAAGUCGACUUAAAAAACGGGUACGGGUUUGUGGAAUUUGAGGAUUCCCGGGAUGCCGACGAUGCCGUUUACGAGCUGAACGGCAAGGAUCUGUGCGGGGAGCGGGUGAUCGUGGAGCACGCCCGCGGCCCCCGCCGGGAUAGGGACGGCUACAGCUACGGCAGCCGCAGUGGAGGCUAUAGCAGUCGAAGAACAUCAGGAAGAGAUAAAUAUGGACCUCCUGUUCGUACAGAAUUCAGAUUAAUUGUUGAAAACCUUUCCAGUCGCUGUAGUUGGCAGGAUUUGAAAGAUUUCAUGAGGCAAGCUGGUGAAGUAACAUAUGCAGAUGCUCACAAAGAACGCACAAAUGAAGGUGUAAUUGAAUUCCGUUCUUACUCUGACAUGAAACGAGCGUUGGACAAAUUGGAUGGCACAGAAAUAAAUGGACGAAAGAUCAGGCUUGUUGAAGAUAAGCCACGAUCGAGCCAUAGGCGAUCUUAUUCUGGCAGCAGAUCAAGGUCACGUUCCAGACGGCGAUCACGUAGUCGAAGUCGUAGGAGUAGCCGUAGUAGGUCCCGUAGUGUCUCAAAAAGCAGAUCACGUUCUAAAUCUAGGUCCCAAAGCAAAGAUCGAUCACGUUCCAGAUCUAAAAGCAGGAAGUCUAGAUCAAAGAGUAAGUCUAAGCUGAAAUCUGACAGGGAGUCACGAUCCCACAGCAGGUCCAAAGAGAAGUCUAAGUCACAUAGCAGAUCCAGGUCUGUGUCCCGAUCGCCCAAAGAAAAUGGUAAAGGAGAAGCAAAAUCUAAAUCAAGAUCAAGGAGCAGAUCUCGUUCCAAUUCACCUGUGGAACACCAGCCUGCAAAGUCUAACUCAGAAUCUCCACAGAAAAGAGAAGCGUCCCGAUCUCGAUCAAGAUCGCAUUCAAAAUCCCACUCGCGCUCCAGAUCCAGCUCACAAGAUUAAGAUUAGAACUCUUUUCACGUAAUAUGGAACUUUUGUACGUCAGGCCAGAGGUUUUGUUUUGUUUUUUAAAAUGUUCUAAUUGGAAAAGCUGGCAUGUUUGGUUGGAGACAGAAACGUCCUGAAAACCAAGUAAAUAAGGCACACAUUUGAUACACCUAAAAUUUCCUGAAAGGUUGUACGGAAGUGACAGAAAGCAGGAAAGGGUCUCUCUUUUGUUUUGUAGAAAUUAGGAGAAAAUUCUGAUUAUUUUUAGUAGUGUCACAGCAGAAAGAAAAAUGCUGUGGAGUUGAGAAUGAGUUUUAUAAUAAAGUACCAGUGCAGAAGGCUUUUGGGAGAGGUAAAUUUUUCCUAAAUAUUUCCAUUAUUUAAAAGCUGUGGAAAUUAAUUUACUUGGCUGUAGCUUGCAUCCAAAAAUGCAUAACAGCCUUAUUCACCAGGUCAAAGUUGCUUUUAUAGCAAAUUAAAUUUGAAGCAAACACUGAGUUUAAAUUGAUGCCCUUCAUCUCUGCUGUACUAUAAUGUGCCAUAAGUAACUAGAUGUUCUAUAAUAACAUUGUAUGGUUCAGAUUUGCCUAACAUACAAUAACUGGAAGCAUUGACUUCUCAAAAUAAGAUUCCAGGCGCCACCAUAAUUUUUGUUUGCCAGAUUUUUUGCUUAUUCAUAUACUGUCCUCUUACUGCUUAAUAAGAGGUUACAUUAACUGCCCUAAAAUUGAUGGCAAUGUUGGGAACUUAAUGUACAGAGCUAAAAAUUUUAGUCUUAAAGGGGUAUCUAAAAUGAAUUGACAGUACAAUUUAUGCACCUGCAUUAGACGUCAUUUCCAAAGACCCUUGUAUGUAACAAAUCAAUUUAGCGACAAUAGCAGAAUAUUAGCACAAACUUGUAAUCUUUAUACAUUGUAUAGUUUGACUUGAAUAAAAUUAAAUCAGUGACUUC